AUGGUUCUGUCCAUAUUUCAGAGUUUCAACGCACAUUGGGAUGAUGAACGAUUGUAUCAAGAGGCGCGUCGCAUUGUCAGUGCCCAAUUGCAGCAUAUCACCUACAAUGAAUUCUUACCACUCAUUAUCGGUAAAGACCAUCUGAGGCAUUUUGGACUGAAUCUGCAAACCUAUGCGUACGAUAGUGAUUACAAUUUGGUUCGUGGUUUUAUUCUGCCGUGA